GUCACGGAGUCGGGGAGCCACCGCCACCGCCAUGAACAAGGAUCUGCGCAGGGAGCGUGACUCGGCCUCCUUCAACCCCGAGCUCCUCACCCACGUCCUGGAUGGGGGCGCCGAGCGGACCCGGCGCCGCAGGGAGAUCGAAGCCUUAGUUCUGAAUGAUCCAGACUUCCAGCAUGAGGAUUUGAAUUUCCUCUCCCGCAGUCAGCGCUAUGAGGAGGCCAUCAGGAAGAGUGCCCUGAUGGUGGUGAAGCUCAGAGAGUAUGGGGUUGCAGAUCCUGAUGAAAUCUACUGGUUUAAAAGAACUUGCCAGGGCUCUUUUGUUGAACCUUUAGGUCUCCACUUCAGCAUGUUUACAAACACCUUACAGAACCAAUGCACUGUUGCUCAGCAAGACAAAUGGCUACCUCCGACCUAUGGACUCCAAAUAAUUGGAACCUAUGCCCAGACUGAGAUGGGCCACGGAACUCACCUUCGAGGCUUGGAAACCACUGCCACCUAUGACCCCGCUACCCAGGAAUUCAUCCUCAACAGCCCCACUGUGACCUCCAUUAAGUGGUGGCCAGGUGGACUUGGAAAGACCUCAAACCAUGCCAUAGUUCUGGCUCAGCUCUACACCCAGGGCCAAUGCAAAGGGCUGCAUGCCUUCAUUGUACCCAUACGGCAGCUGGGUACCCAUGAGCCCUUGCCAGGCAUUACUGUGGGUGAUAUUGGGCCAAAAUUUGGUUAUGAUGAAAUGGAUAAUGGCUACUUAAAAAUGGACAACUUUCGCAUUCCCCGGGAGAACAUGCUGAUGAAGUAUGCCAAGGUUGAACCAGAUGGCACGUACGUGAAACCAGUCAGUGACAAGCUGACUUAUGGGACUAUGGUGUUCAUCCGAUCCCUCAUUGUGGGGGAUUCUGCUCGCUCGUUGUCCAGGGCUUGUACCAUUGCCAUCCGCUACAGUUCAGUGAGGCACCAGUCUGAGCUAAAGCCAGGGGACCCGGAGCCUCAGAUCUUGGACUAUCAGACCCAACAAUACAAACUCUUUCCUCUCCUGGCAACUGCAUAUGCCUUUCACUUUGUUGGAGCCUACAUGAAAAAGACCUAUCACCGCAUCACUGGUGACAUCAACCAGGGGGACCUGAGCCAGCUGCCAGAGCUCCACGCGUUGACUGCAGGGCUAAAGGCAUUCACUUCAUGGACAGCCAAUGCUGGCAUCGAAGAAUGUCGAAUGGCAUGUGGUGGGCAUGGCUACUCUCGUUGCAGUGGCCUUCCUGAUAUCUAUGUCACUUUCACCCCAUCCUGCACCUACGAGGGAGAAAACACAGUCAUGAUGUUGCAGACUGCUAGGUUCCUGAUCAAAAGUUACACCCAGGUUAGUUCCGGUCAGCUGGUUAGUGGCAUGGUGUCCUACCUUAACGACCUCUCAGGGCAACACAUCCAGCCACAGCAGGUGGCUGCUAGGCCUACAACAGUGCACAUCAAUGAUCCAGCCAGCUUGGUGGAGGCAUAUAAACUGCGGGCAUCAAGGCUUGUUGAAGCGGCAGCAAAGAACUUGAAAGCUGAGCUGAACCGCAGGAAGAGCCAGGAGGAUGCCUGGAACCGAACCUCUGUUGACCUGGUGCGAGCAUCUGAGGCACACUGUCACUAUGUGGUGGUGAAGCUUUUCACAACACAGCUCUCAGAAAUUAAUGAUGCAGCUGUCCAUGCUGUGAUGAACAGUCUGUGUCUCCUGUAUGCGCUCUAUGGAAUCAGUAAGCACACAGGGGAUUUCCUGCAGGCGGGCAUUUUGACAGAUGCACAGGUUACUCAGGUGUACCAGCGUGUGAAGGAGCUUCUGACUGCAAUCCGUCCCAAUGCUGUAGCACUAGUUGAUGCCUUUGAUUUUCAUGAUAAUCACCUUGGAUCUGUGCUUGGCCGGUAUGAUGGCAACAUCUACGAGAAUAUGUUUGAAUGGGCAAAGAAAUCCCCACUAAACAAAACCGAGGUUCAUGAGUCUUUCCACAAACAUCUGAAGCCAAUGCAAGCCAAGCUGUGAAAACUGGAUGUCAUUGCUUUCCUUCAGGCACCUGAAUCAAAUCUUUGAAAUCCCAAUAACUGUAGGACAGUAAAUAAUUUGUAGCCUCUUUCCAUUUUUAUAUAUUGACAGGGUAGGGUGGGGGAAAUUAGAGAGAUUUCAUAAGAAGUGGAUUUGCUUUUUUUAAAGUGCAAUUAUAAUCCUUGAGAAAUGAUCCUUUUAAGCAUUAGGGAAAGUUGUACAGAUUCAUGCAAGCCUUCCAUUUGUGAAGCUGCUAACUGCAGAGGUCACUCAUCUGGAAAGCAUAGCAGAAUUUUACUACUAAGUAGUUAACUGCAUUCAGGCAAUAGCUGCUGACGAACAGCUACGGCUUGUUAAAAACCACACUUUUAACUCAGCAACACCCUUCUGCCACCAUGGUGCACCCCAAUAUACACACACAGCUGCUGACUGAAUCAUCCUGCACCUUGCUGUGCACAGUGACGCCAACGUGAACUGGUCAGGAUCCAAGGGUUUACGCAGGGAGUUGGGUCUUAAUCAAAGCUCUGUGAUAUUCUCCAUUUUAAUCCAUCUCUCUCCCAGUUAAUUACUCCUGUCUCUCUGGGCCCAGCACUGAACCUCCUUCCCUGCAUCAGGACCUUCCAGAUGCACUUCGGAAUUAUAUCCCCUUUUUCCCCUCUGGAGCUCAUCCUCAAUCAAAUCAUCCAGUGAGCUUUCUCCCUGGUAUUUCAUUCCAUCCUUUCUUUGACCCGCAAACACCCCCAUGUCCAUCACUGGCACCCUCCCCUCUUUGAGGCUCUCAACUAAUGGCAGCUUUGGAGAGAAAACAGUGACACUAUUCUGUCCCCCCCCUUCCUCCACCAAGGCACAUUUCAGCCAGGAGCAUGUUAAUGGGAGUUCUGCCAUCUUUUUAAUCUUUAGCGUUUCCAUAGUACUUCACAUCUGCAAAACACUUUACAAAUACUAAUAUAUAAGUAUGCUGUCAAAAGCCACAUUUGCUGGUGGGAAAUUGCAAAUCUGACCAAUUGUGCAACUAGUGCUUGCCAGUAUUUGAUAGCAAAAGUUGGUUGGUUUGGGGUCUUUUAGCCCCAUUGGUCUUGCUCUGUGAUGUACUGUGUCCAAACAUGUGUUGCAUGGAAACUCUCAACAGUCUCUCCUAGUGCAAUGGUUCUCAAACUUCUUUGAUCAGGCCCCUCCUUCUUUGUGUCGGUAGUCGUUUAUGCGCCCCAGUGUAUAUACCACCACCCAGCUCUGAAGGCAGAGCAGCGACUGCUGGCUGGGCACCCAGCUCUGAAGGCAACGCCGUGCCAGCAGCAGCACUGAAAUAAGGGUCGCAAUGCCCCAUUAUCACCCAUCUUCCUUCUGUGCUACUGCUUCCGAUCCAGGGCUGACAGCCAGAGCUCUGCCACCUCUAGGUGAGAGAUUGAGCAAAUGGGGGAAGGAAAGCCCGAGCCCACGUGGUGAGGCUCCAGCUGCCCUCUUUAUCCCUGCCUCUUGUGUGUGCUGAGCCCCAGUCACUCGGAGCUAACAGCCAGAGCUCUUUUAAAAAACCAAAACCCUUGACGCAUUCCUGCGCCUCCCUUGGGAAGCACGCCCCAUAGUUUGAGAACUGGUGUCCUAGUGGAACAUCUGCCGUCUUUUCCCCGUUAACUUCCAAUGAGAUUUCUCUGAAAUGUUUAAAAAAGUCCCUGUUAGUACUGAAUUGAGACUUACACAAUUGCUUUCUGUAUUAACAGAUUAAAGACUUAGCUUUUAACCAAUCCUCUGUGAAAUCAUAAUCCUGAAAACCAGAAAAUGGUUUAAGUUUGUCCUCUUCCAGAAAUCCUUUUUCCAAAACAAGUGAAGAGCAGCAACUUUAAGUUUAAAGAGCUCCCUUCAGGAUAAGCCGUAAUCCUGUGGUCCAGAGAUGAGACUAAACCUCUGGAGAAGCUGGGUCUCUAAGUGUUUUGGCACCCUGUUGUGAAAAUCUGUAGCUUUGGACAACAUUUCCACAGAGGCAUUUUUGCACUAAUCUCUUCAACUAGAAAGGGUAGCUCAGUGUAUUAAACCUGGACUGACAUACAUAAUUUAAAAAAAAAUCAAAACUUUUUGCUGCUGAACCUUCCAGGUCAAAUGUAUCUUCUGUGCUGUUCAGUAUAAGAAGUGUGCCCUUGCCUUCCGCUUAAUUCAGUGGAACACUGUUGACAAGGGGCAUUGGAGAAUCCGCAGGGGAAGGGUUAAAGAUUGAUAAAGAACAUCACUAGCAGAAUAUAUGUACAGACUUAAUAAACUACAGAAACUCAUUUUCAAACAAAA